GGACCAUACUGUUAUUAUUCACAAACUAACGUCUUCGCGCUGAACUCCACCGCCGGCCAUGUUUCAUGUAUUUUAUAUUUUAAGCUAGUGGAUAGUUGCAUGAAGGCAGCACCGUGAGCUAACGUUAUCAUUUGGCAGCUACCAUCCUCCUGAGGUGACAGAGAUGGCUGCCUCUAAAUAUAAAUGCUCCCUUCAGAAAAAGCUCAACUCAGAGCUUGUUAUGGUUGUCAGCAGUCUAAAGAAGCAGGAUGCCUGUCUGAAGAAGACCCUGGCUGAGCUGUCACAACAACAUUCACAACAGAAUAAGCUACUGGAGAGAUUCCGCAUUCUUCAAAUCGAAAGGCACGAAAGUUGUCACCCGGUAGCUAAUGAGAAGAAAGCUGCUUUGCCAUCAGAGCAGCCAUGUCAGACAGAAUGGAAUCUGAUAGAUGGAGCCUCCACACGAAAUGAACAGACUUUAGCCAGCACUCGAACUGUGACAGAACUCCACAAUGAACUCAGAGAUGCCUUGGAAAAGAACAAGCAGUGGCUGGAAUAUGACCAGCAGAGAGAGGCCUGUAUGAGGGCGAUUCUGGCCAGAGCGUUAUGGCUGGAGAAGCAACUGAGCGAAGCCAAUCAGGCCCUCUCACAGCAGCACAAUGAGGAGCAUUCAGAUGUCAUUACAGAGAAAGAGAGAGUAAACCAGAUGCAGGAGCACUAUGAAAAACUCUUGCAGAAAGCCAAAAACGAGCAGGAGGCGCUCAGGGAACAGCUUGACAUGGCCAACAACAAUCUGAUAAUCGCCCAAAACUGGUGCGAGGAAAGGGAGAAGGAGUUGGAGGUCCUCAAGCAACAGCUGCAAACCGAAAGAAUGAGCAGAGAAAGUGCGCAGGAAGGUGACCAUUGCUCUAAGGAUGAAGAGCAACAGCUGAAGGACAAGACCAAGGAUUUCCAGAGCAAGCUGAAUGAGGAAAGGCGAAGGUCGGCUAACUUGGUGCUACAGGCAAAUCUGUUUCAGAGGUUUAUGUUAAAUCGUCACCAUGCAGACCAGGAAAACACUGCAGAGCUGCAGCGACAGAUCAAGAUUUCUUCACAAGACCUUGAGGAUGUGAAGCAGGAUUGUUCAUAUUUAAAGAAGCAAAUGAUCAGACUUCUGAAGACGCUGCAGAAAAAAGGCCAUGUGAAAAAACAGUCACAGAGAGACCAGCAGGAUCACAACUCAUGCGAAGUGAUGCAGCCCCCCUCCCAGCUCUCCAGAGACUUCCUGGCAUCCUCUCCACUCAGCAGCUCGCUGAAUGAAAGCUUCCUGGAGUGUCCCAGCUGCCAUGCCGAGUAUCCAGCCAGUCACUACCGAGAACUGAUAAACCAUCUAGAAAUCUGUCUAGACUGAGUCAACGGAAAAUCUCUUUAGUUCUGUACCUCCUAUAAUUUGAAUUGUUUCUUUACCAAUUAUAUGUAACUACAGGUGCAAGUUAUCUAAAUAAACUACAGUGUUGAGUUAA